AUGGACGUCUCUAUAGCGCUGCACCGCCGUAGCUACCUCCCGGGGGAAAUAGUGAAGAUCUUGGUCAAGGCCCAGCGGGCGGCGGAUGGGGGCGCUGGCGGCGGCGGAGCCGACGCGGGCGACGCAGGCAGGGUCACGCUGUCCAUCGAAUGCAGUGGCUCGGAGCGAGUCGAUCCCGGCUGGGUCAGCACUUUGUACCACCCGCAGCUGCCGGCCCACAAGGAGACCAAGCGGCUGGUGCGGACGGUGUUUACAACUGGGAGGCUGCAGAUCGCGGAGGACGAGCCGUGGCGGCCCGGCGUAGUGAAGGCGUACACUGUUCGGUUCCGGCUGCCCUCGCGCAUCCCCCCGACUUUCAAGGGCAGCGCGGUGCACUACCUAUACCAAGUCACGGCCAGGGGCACUGUUGCGGGCCCCGGCAGCGGCGCCGCGCCCGUGGCCGUUCAGGCCGCCUGCCCCUUGUUGGUGUGGCCCAAGGCCGAGCGCCCCGCCGGCGGCGCAGCGGCCGGCAUCGACGGGCGUCGCGCCAGCAUGGGCCUCUCAGGCUCCAUCCCGAGCGCGGCGACGCCGACGGCGGCGGCGCUGGCGGCGGCGGGCAGCCUGCAGGGCGCGCAGGGCGCGGCGUUUGCAGCGGCGGCGGCGGCGGCAGCUGCUGCGGCGGCGGCAGCUGAGGGGGCGGACCACCAGCCGGAGCCUGAUUUGCUGGAGUACCGGCUGGGGGUGCAGGACGUGCGCGCCAAGUGGGAGGAGGUUGCCAUCGCCGCCGAUGGGUCGCUGCAGCCGCUGUCUCGGCAGCCGGCAGGGCAGCAGCAGCAGCUGCCUCAGGGGGACCUGCAGCAGCAAGACCAGGCGCAGCGAGGAGAUCAGAAGCAGCAGCAGCAGGGUUUGCAGCAGCCGAGCCUGGAGAGCGCCAGCCUAGCAGAACAAGGGGAAGCUGACGAUUACCUGGCUGACUCGACCGCCCACGCGGGCUCCAGCGGCGGGAGGCUGACGCUGCAGCAGCGCGCCAGCAUGGUGCCGCGCACAUACAACCUGCGGGCUGGCGACCGCCCGUUGGUCCGAGUCACGCUGCAGCCGCCGAUGGACACGCCCCUCCAGCCGGGCGCCACCCUGGGCGUGUUCUUAGACCUGCGGGCCGCCCACGGGCCUGCGGCCGACCCUGCGACGCAGCCGUCGUGCCUGCAGGUGGUUGCCCUGCUGCAGUCAGAGGAGGAGGUGCAGCCCGCCCACGCCCACCGCGCCGCCAAGCCGCCCGCCACGCCGCCCGGCGCCGACGGCCCCGCCGCCGGCGCCGUCUGCGCCACGCGCACGCUCUACUCGGAGCAGCAGCAGACGACGGCACACCUGCUGACAGGCCAGUUCACGUUCUCAAUACCGCCGAACGCGCACCCCUCGUUCCGCACGCCGCUGGUCGCGCACCGAUGGGCGCUGCGGUUCGAGCUCACGCUCGGGGUGCCCGCCAGGGGCGGCCGGGGCGGCGGCGGCAAGCAGUCAGUUGAGCAGUUGGUCUGGUCGCUGCCGCUGGUCGUGUGCCCGCCCUGCGCGUAG